AUGGAUUCCAACUUGACAAUCGAAGUCAAUCACACAGGUUCUUUUGUCGACAAACCGAUUGUAUAUUUCAAUCCAGUAAAAGUGGUUGUUAGCAAUGUCGAUUUCAGAAGCAUGAGUUUCAUGGAAUUUAUCUCGUAUGUGAAGAAGUUGGUCAAGAAUGGAAGAAUCAAUGUCUACUAUUGUCUUCCACAACGGUCACUGGGAGAUGGGUUGAGAGCCUUAGAAGAUGAAAAUGAUUACCUACGUUUUCUUGAUGUUGGAUAUGAGAAUGGGGGAAUGAUCAAUUUGUAUAUUGAUCACAACCCUAAGCUUUCAGAUAAUGAGUUUGUGGAGCAUGAACCUGAUGAUGAAGUGAUACAAAUACAACCAUUUGAUGAUCCUUUCGUUUGA